ACCGAUUCUAACGGCAGCCGCACGGGCAGACCACUGAACACGAGCGGAAGUCGUCUUGUGUGUGUGUGUGUGUGUGUGUGUGGAACGUGACGCGUCCGGCUCCGCGAGCGCGCGCGCGUACACUCACGUAAUGGUCUGUUUACGUCCAAUCUGUGGAGUCUCUGCUGCUGUGACCUGCUGCAGUUUACUCAACGAAAUGUUCUAGCUGGUUAAAACUCGUGACCGGGGAUGAUAUGAUAUUAUUUUUUGGGGCAUUUUAGACUUAAAUGUCUUUGAGCAGGCGGCGCACAGUGUGACCCACCAAAGGUCACCAUGGAUUAGCUGUAGUUCAGAGGCUUCUCUCCACAGUGUGACUGACAGCAGGAGCUGGGACAAGGGACUUUGGUGCUACUAACGUUAGCUAGCAACGCAACUCAGCUAGACGUUUUGAGUCAGCGUUACUGCUGCGACAGUUGUUGUCUAGCGUUGGCGUUAGCCCUCAGCUGUCGCUGGCUGCUGCUUGCUAAUGUGUAGCUGUAGUUAUUGCCUCCCAGUGGUGGAAAAAGUAUUCAAAUCUUUUAACGGUAAGUUGCAUUAGCAAUACCACAAUGCCAAAUUACUCACUUCAAAGUUAAAGUCCUGCAUUCAAAAAUGUCGGUCAAGUAACAACUCAAUUAUUAGCAUACAAUAUAUAUUUAUUUAUGUAUCUAAAUUGUAAGUAUUGAGAUUGUUUUUAUUAGUUUUCCAUAUGAUUUGCAAGAAGAAAAUCUCACAAAUUGGAAAUACUCAAAUUAAGCACCAAUACAUCUAAACAGUACUGAUGUUCAGUACUUGAAUAUACUUCCAUCUUUGUUUCUCGGGCUUUCUAACUUGUCACACCUAAAAACUAUCCAUUGUUUUUGUCAGCAUGCAACACAGGCUUGAAUCUUAGACACACAUUUAAUGCACACAUAUACACGCACACACUCGCCAAAGGAUGACAGGUACAGUGGCUCUGAUAAAUAUGUGUUGUGACGAUCAUUCAAAACAAAGCUUAUCUAUCUAUUUUAGAUUCCUGGAGUAGUUUGAGAUCCUUGAGAGAUUGUCAGGGCAGCAUGGCUCCCAAAGACAUCAUGACCAACUCCCACGCCAAAUCCAUCCUCAACGCCAUGAACUCACUUCGCAAGAGCAACACGCUCUGUGACAUCACUCUGAGAGUGGAGAACACAGACUUUCCCGCUCACCGGAUCGUCUUGGCCGCCUGCAGUGACUACUUCUGUGCCAUGUUCACCAGUGAGCUUGCAGAGAAGGGGAAGUCUUUUGUGGACAUUCAGGGGCUGACUGCAGCGACUAUGGAGAUCUUGUUGGACUUUGUGUACACAGAGACGGUGCUAGUCACAGUGGAGAACGUACAAGAACUGCUCCCUGCAGCGUGCUUACUGCAGCUCAAAGGCGUGAAACGAGCGUGUUGUGAUUUUUUGGAGGGUCAGCUCGAUCCAACCAACUGCCUGGGUAUUCGGGACUUUGCAGAAACUCACAAUUGCCUCGACCUGAUGCAGGCGGCAGAGCUCUUCUCCCAGAAGCAUUUCUCUGAGGUGGUUCAGCACGAGGAGUACAUGCUGCUCAGCCAGACAGAAGUUGAAAAGCUCAUAAAAUGUGAUGAAAUCCAGGUGGACUCGGAGGAGCCUGUGUUUGAAGCCGUGUUGAACUGGGUCAAACACAACCGGAAAGAGCGAGAGCCCUACCUGCCAGACUUGCUCCAGUUUGUCCGAAUGCCGCUCCUGACCCCCCGCUACAUCACGGAUGUCAUUGAUGCCGAGCCCCUCAUUCGGUGUAGCCUGCCGUGUCGAGACCUUGUUGAUGAAGCCAAGAAAUUCCACUUAAGACCGGAGCUGAGGAGUGAGAUGCAGGGCCCACGCACACAAGCUAGAUUAGGUGCCAAAGAAGUCCUGUUGGUUAUAGGCGGGUUUGGCAGCCAGCAAUCACCAAUAGACAUAGUUGAGAAAUAUGAUCCGAAAACACAAGAAUGGAGCUCCCUUCCUAACAUUGCACGGAAAAGGCGUUACGUCGCCACGGUGUCUCUCCACGACCGAGUGUAUGUGAUCGGAGGCUACGACGGCCGGUCGAGGCUCAGCUCCGUAGAGUGCCUGGACUACACCGCGGACGAGGACGGUGUUUGGUACACCGUCGCCACCAUGAAUGUGCGCCGUGGCCUCGCUGGAGCCACGACACUCGGAGACAUGAUCUAUGUUGCCGGUGGCUUCGAUGGCAGCCGGCGUCACACCAGCAUGGAGCGAUACGACCCAAACAUUGACCAGUGGAGCAUGCUGGGAGAUAUGCAGACAGCUAGAGAAGGAGCUGGUCUAGUGGUGGCAAGUGGACUUAUAUACUGUCUAGGUGGAUAUGAUGGACUAAAUAUCCUGAACUCAGUGGAGCGGUACGACCCGCACACGGGCCACUGGACAAGUGUCACACCUAUGGCCACCAAGCGGUCAGGCGCUGGUGUGGCUUUACUCAACGACCACAUCUAUGUGGUGGGAGGCUUUGAUGGUGUUUCACACCUCGACUCCGUUGAGGUCUACAACAUCAGAACAGACUAUUGGACCACUGUAGCCAGUAUGACGACGCCUCGGUGUUACGUAGGAGCGACCGUCCUCAGAGGACGUCUCUACGCCAUCGCCGGAUAUGAUGGGAACUCUCUCCUCAGCAGCAUUGAAUGUUACGACCCAGUCGUCGACUCCUGGGAGGUCGUCACCUCGAUGGCGACGCAGCGAUGCGACGCAGGCGUCUGUGUUCUACGAGAAAAGUGAUCUUUGCCGAGAACCGCAAGAGGAAAAAGCAGACGGGGGUGGACAGGCAGCUAGACUUUGCUAAAAUGCCACUAAAUACAGAGCCAAACAAAGGGAGAUGUUUGAUCGCCAGUAUGCAAAUAGAUACUCUCAAAAAAGGAGAAUAGGUGCAGCCGUUUGGGCUGCCUUAUCUGACGGACGGUCAACCCUGCGACAGACGGACUGUGCGACAGAGAUCGGGGGAGAGUUCACCUCAAAAGAGGCCUCCGACGAGCCCAUCGCCACUUGCAUGAGUCUUCGGUGGUACUUGUUGCUGUCGUUACCUGUGAGAUUAUUUUUUCAGUUUGUCUUCAAAGUGCAAUAUAUUUCUACUCAUCAGAAACACAGAAAAAGAUGGAGUUGAUGUCGACUCCGGUUGCUGCUAUAUGCCUUAUGACUUUGGCCUCCAUCAACCAGUGAACAUCCGUGUUGCCUCCCAUGUGACUCUGAUGACAGUCACAGCACAUCGGCUUAUUAUCGAGUGUACUCAUUUAGCGUUUGCGAGGUCAUUAAUGGGUCAGUAAUUCAACCCUUUUUGUAAUUCCUUCUGUAAACAGUGCUUUUAGAUCGAAAUCGUUUCAUACAGAAGGUUUAAUACUUAUCGUUGCUCUCAAAAUAUAUAUUUAGAGAUCAAUAUUGUUUUAGAAAAUGACUGAAUUGUACCAGUUGACUUUGAUUAUUUUGUCCCUAAAAGAUCACAAAAGUAAUAAGUAUGAGGUGCAUGUGAUUUUUAUUUUAUUUUUUUUCUUCCUGCGCUUUUAAAUCUGGAAAUGUACGUGUAGGACACGGUGUCCUAACAUCAUUGUUGCCUGGGAAGUGAAUAAACACUGAGAACUGA